CAACCGUUAGGUUGUUGUAGAUUACUACCUAGCCAUCAACCCUUAUUUGUGCAACCAACAGCGAUAACCAAAGUUGGAAAUCACAGCCUCACACAUCCGUCAAGCGCGUUGAGACGAUUAGAGGGUACUAACGAGUCAACCUUUUUAAGAGAGCCGCCUGUAGGCGCCUUGCUGCUGAACGAGAGUCGGCUGUUUUAUUGUGAAGGAAGAUAAGAUGGCGUCCAGAGCGACGCUGAUGUUCGUUCUCGUCCUAAUCCUGCCUGUCUCAUGCUCGCUGGCGCAAACACGGGGCGGCCGCGCCAUCAAUUGGGCGGCAGUCUUCAACACGACGCGAUUGACGGCAGGAAUUCUCAGAGUACCGUACAAGGAGCUAUUCGCGAGCAUGGACGGCAACAACAUCGUCGCCACCACGGGCGAUCAGCAGGCCACCGGCUGGGCCAAUCUCGUCGUCUACAAGUUGCGCGGCGACUUCAGCCUCAACUACAUGGUGACCGUGUCGCAGCUCACCAACACCGAGGUGCCCGUUUCCGCCGCCAUCCACGUGGGCCCGGCCGGCUCCAACGGGCCCGAGAUCAUGCGCUUCGAGAGGGCCAACUGGCGCCGCUUCAACCCCAACGCGAAGCGGCUUGUAACGAGGACGACACAGGGCAACAACUACAUGCUGAGCGGCACGUACAGCGCGACGAGCGAGGAUAAGAUUAUAUCGGGUGAGACUGUAAAGCAACUGAUCCUGGCGAUUCUGCAGGACCCGCGGCAGUUCUACAUCGUCGUGAAAACACCCGCGUACCCUCUCGGCGCCAUCCGCGGACAGCUUAGAGUCAGCAGCAAAUAAGAUAAUUUCACUUGUCAAAUGUAGAAAGGGGUCCGUUAGUGACCGAGGCAUGCGCAGCAGCAACAGCGGCAGCAGCUACACCAGCAGUAGCAGCAGCAGCAGCAGCAGCAGCAGCGGGGGACCUAAAUCCUUGACAUUGGCUGGGCGCGAAGGACCCUUACUUCCACACGCCCUCCAAGCUUCACACAGAUUUUGUUUCUUUAGUUUAGCCUUCUGCUUAGUCAGGUAGUCAACGUGAUGUACCUACCGUAUACCCCGGAUAGAAGACACUGUCUUAUCAUAUCAGAUAAAGAAAAAAAUGACUU